AUGAACCAAAUUUUCCUUCUUGCCUCGAUGCUGGCAUCGAUGACCCUUGGACACGUAGUCCUUGAGAACCCCAAGCCCUUCAAGUUUGUUGCUGAUGGCCCUACUAACCCCAUUUCUAGCACAGGUGAUGACUUCCCAUGCAAGAUCCCCUCCGGGGCCAGCUACAUCAUCGACGGAGCACCCACAGUCAUCGCCAUCGGCGAGACCUUCGAGGCCACCUUCAAGGGCCAGGCCGUCCAUGGAGGCGGCAGCUGUCAGUUUGCCCUCAGCGCCGACGCCAACCCGACAAAGAAUUCCAAGUGGAUGGUGAUUCACUCGAUCGAGGGCGGUUGCCCAGCUCGCAACCAAAAGGGUAACCUCGAAGGUCCCAACGAAGAUAAGUAUCCCUUCAAAAUUCCCGCUAGCAUCGCACCCGGUGACUACGUCUUUGCCUGGAUCUGGCUCGCCAGAGUUGGCGGCCAGCCAGAGUACUACAUGAACUGUGCCCCCAUCACCGUCACUGGUGGCGGUGGUGGUGCUACAAAACAGAAGCGUGGACCCCUUGCUGAUCGUCGUAUGUCUCUGGCGAAGCGUGAAGAGUUUCCCGAGCUCUUUAUGGCCAACAUUGGAGAGGUCGCUGGCGGCUGCACCACUGGAGAGGCUCUCAAUGCCCAAGUACCCAUCGCUUUCCCCAACCGUGGUCUCUACUUCGACCGUCCCGAGGGCGACAAUCUCUACAAGCAAGCCUGUGACGAGGCUCCGGCUAGCGGCGACGUGCCUGCCGGUACCGUUGCCACGUCUCUUCCGACUUCUGACAUUGUCGACGGCUCGCCUCUCUCGCCACCCGUUGCUACUUCUGUCCCGGCUUCUAAUAUUGUUGACGGAUCGUCUCUCUUACCACCCAUUACUACGGCUGUCCCUACUUCCGAAGUCGUUGACGGCUCGUCUCUCUUACCAUCUGUCGCAACUGGCUCCUCCGUCGUUGUAUCUUCUUCCAACAUCUCGCCUGAGGAGCCGGCUCCUAGCGCAGCCCCUACAGAUACUGCUGUUCCUGUCGAGCCUACCCUCCCCAUGAAACCAACUGCUCCGGCCGAAUCAUCAGUCCCAGCAGCUUCUACAGUUCCCAUGACCUCUCUCGCCGAGACUACAGUCUCUACCGGCAUCACUCCGACUCCUUUCAUCUCUUACAUCACAGUCACGGUCACCGCCACCGGCUGUGAAGCAUCGGACGCUCCCAAUGCGUCUGCAGCUGAGCCCACCGCUACUCCCACGUCCUCGCCUGAUCCCGACUCUGACCCUGAUUCCGACUCCGACCCUGAUUCUGGCCCCGACUCUUGCACCGAGGGCUACUUAACCUGCUUGGAGGAUGAAACACACUUUGCUACUUGCACUGGUGGCGAGUUGACUGCGCCGCAGCCGAUUGCCCCUGGCUUCAAGUGUGCUACUGGAGAAGGUCAAGGUCUUGACAUUUCGCCCAUUGGAGGAGAGUACUGGUAG